GCUUCCAAGUUACUAUUUUUAUGGGGUUUCUGAGUCUCAAAACAAGUAGCUCUGUGAUUCCUGUGCCUUCCUUUGGCUUCUCUUCUUUACGUUUAUCAGUUUCUCCCAAGUACCAGGGAUUAGUUUUUGAUUGUUAUGUUUUAUUUUAGUUUAUCUUAAUUAUCCCUAAGACCUUAGAUACCUGUUUGUUUUCUGGGAAACGGAAAUUUGGUGAAUAACAAUAGGAGGUUUUAUGAGGAGGAAAGGAGAAAAUUAGUAAGGGGAAAAUGUGAUCAAAAUUUAUGAGUUGAGAAAACAAGCUAUUUUCAACAAGAGAUAAAAUUAAAACGAGAAAUAAUUCUUCUUAAAGAGGAAAGGAAAAGAUACCCAAAUGUAUUAUUUUAUGACCAGGAAGAACUUAUUCUAAAACUACUGAGUCCAUUCCAGGUAGUACUCUAUUCAUAUAAAAAGAAUAAAUAAUGAGUAGAAGUACUAUUUCAGUUAGGGAAAUGUCACAUCUUAAGAUAUCAAUCCAUGGGAAAUGAGACCCAUAUUAUGCACAGAAGUCAAACUGCAUUUUAACGUCUGCCUUGAUAUUGAAAAACUGCUAGGUAUUCCUGAUUUCAGAAUGAUGAUUGGUUCUCUAAUACCUUCUAUUUUGUGAGAUUUAGUUCAUUAUAAUGGUAAUUAGGUAUGAGGGAAAUGAGGGAAUGUGCAUGUGAAAAUGUGUGUACAUGUGCAUAAACAUUUAUAUGUGUGCAUGUGUGUGUGCAUGUGUGUGUGUGCGUGUGUGUGUAUGCAUGUGUGAAAGACAGGAAGAAGAAUGUAUGUUCUGUGGGUGUGUAGAUGUCUGGACACCAAAUAUAUUCCAUAUCACAUUCCAUAUCACAGAUAUUCUAGGACAUGGUACCUCUAUGUCUAUAGUACACUCUGUCUAGGAGUAGUUGUUUCCUAAGUUCCAUAACAAACUUGCUGAUUAUGUCUGAUAUAAUCUGCAUCGAGUACUUAAAAUUGUGAUUUUAUAGUUAACCCAGGAGGAUACUUGCCUGGAGACGUCAAGUUGACUGAUAUGUACAGAAUCAUAAAUACUAUUGAAGAAUGACCCUUAAACAAAAUUACUGAACGUUGCUUGCUCCUGGGCAUAAGAACACAGAUGCAGAGCCCGAGGCCCGAGAAUGCUGAUGAGUUCUCCAGAGAGCAAGCUAAGAAGAAAAGAAUUAAUAUAAAUGCAGUGAUUAGCGACUACGAUAGUAAAAAUAGGCAUAGAUAUGUAUGUGCCUAUCUUGAAGGUGCUUUUCUGUGUAACUUGCUUUGCUGCACGUUUACAAAUUAUUUUUUCUUGGUGAAAUUACUAAGAUGUUCUCUUUUCUGUUUGCAAUUCUUGUCCUGAAGCUUUCUUUUCCUUUGUGCAGUCCAAUUGACAACCGUUGUUUUUGGAGAUUAAAAACCAAGACAUUUUGGGAAGGAGACAAAGAACUUGAUUGCUUUUUUUUUAUUUAUACAAGGUUUGGUCAUGUAAAGAAUGAACAGUUCAGUGGGAAUCUAGACAAGCGGUUGACAUCUAAGACUAUCCACUUGAUUUUGACUCUUUAUUUUGCCCUUGAAGAAAUAAACAGGAACCCCCAUAUUCUACCUAACAUUUCACUGCUAGUUAAAAUUGAAUGUGGGCUGCUAGAUGAUUGGACAAUAAACAGUUUAUCUUCUAAAAGAGAAAAAUAUCUUCCUAACUACUACUGUAUAAAUCAGAGAAGAUAUUUAAUUGUACUUACAGGACCAAUGUGGUUAGCAUCUGUCAUAGUUGGGCCACUCCUAUACAUAACUAAGAGGCCAGAGCUUUACUAUGGGCCAUUUCACCCUCUCUUGAGCAACCAAGAACUGUAUCCAUAUCUUUACCAAAUGGCUCCUAAGGACACAUCUCUGGCACUGGCCAUGGUUUCUUUGUUUGUCCAUUUCAGCUGGAACUGGGUAGGAGCUGUUGUUUCAGAUGAUGACCCAGGUUAUGAAUUUAUCUUGGAAUUGAGAAGAGAAAUGCAAAGGAACAAUUUUUGUUUAGCAUUUGUGAGUAUCAUUGUUAGUGAUGACAAUUUAUUUCUGAAAAGGUAUAAUAUCUAUUACAACCAGAUCAAGAUGUCAUCAGCAAAAGUUGUUAUCAUUUAUGGAGACAAAGACUCUCCUCUACAGGUGAACUUUAGACUAUGGAAUUUAUUUGAUAUCCAAAGAAUCUGGGUCACUACAUCACAGUGGGAUAUGAUCAUAAAUAAUGGAAAAUUCCUCCUUAAUUCCUUCUAUGGGACUCUCAGUUUUUCACAUCACUAUUCUGAAUUAUCUGGUUUUAAAACAUUUAUCCAGACAGCAUACCCUUCAAACUACAGUGAUGACUUUUCUCUUGGUAUAUUAUGGUGGGUGUAUUUUAAUUGUUCUUUGUCAUUAUCUGAAUGUAAGAAUCUGCAAAAUUGUCCAAAGGAAAACAUAUUUAGAUGGUUAUACAGGCACCAUUUUGAAAUGUCUUUGAGUGAUACUACUUAUGACCUAUAUAAUUCUAUGUAUGCUGUGGCUUACACACUCCAACAGAUGCUUCUGAAACAAGCAGAUACAUGGCAAAUAGAUGAUGGAAAAGAACCAGAAUUUGACUCUUGGCAGAUGCUCUCUUUCCUGAGAAAUAUCCAAUUUAUAAACCCUGUUGGUGACAAAGUGAACCUGAAUCAUGAAGAAAAACUGGAUACAAAGUAUGAGAUUCACCAGACUUUGACUUUUUUGCCAAAUCCUGUAUUUAAGCUGAAAAUAGGAACAUUUUCCCAAAAUCUAUCACAUGGUCGACAAUUAUAUAUGUUGAAAGAAAUGAUAGAGUGGAACACAGGCCACCAACAGUCUCCAACCUCAGUUUGCAGUAUUCCUUGUAGUCCAGGAUUCAGAAAAUCCCCUCAGCUGGGAAAGCCUGUUUGCUGUUUUGAUUGUACACCCUGCCCAGAAAAUGAAAUUUCCAACAUGACAAACAUGAAUCAAUAUAUCAAGUGUCUAGAUGAUCAGUAUGCCAAUCCUGGAGGAACUCACUGCCUCAAAAAAGUUAUUGUAUUCCUGGGUUAUGAAGAUCCAUUGGGAAUGUCUCUGGCUAUCUUGGCUCUGUGCUUCUCUGCUCUCACAGCUUUUGUACUUAGUAUCUUUUUGAAGCACCAAGAAACACCCACUGUCAAGGCCAAUAAUAGAACUCUCAGCUAUGUUCUACUCAUCUCCCUCAUCUCUUGUUUUCUCUGUUCCUUGCUCUUCAUUGGUCAUCCCAGCUUUACCACAUGUAUCAUGCAGCAGACCACAUUUGCUGUUGUGUUCACUGUAGCUGCAUCUACUGUCUUGGCCAAAACAAUUAUUGUAAUAUUGGCCUUCAAGGUUACUAAUACAAGUAGAAAAAUGAGGUGGCUGCUGGUAUCAGGGGCACCUAAAUUCAUCAUUCCAAUUUGCACAAUGAUUCAACUGAUUCUCUGUGUAAUUUGGCUGGGUACUUCUCCUCCAUUUGUUGAUGCUGAUGGACAUGUUGAAAAAGGCCACAUUUUGAUUUUCUGUAACAAAGGUUCAAUUCUUGCUUUCUAUUGUGUCCUGGGAUACUUAGUCUCCAUUGCCAUUGCAAGUUUCACCCUUGCAUACUUCGCCAGAAAUCUGCCUGACACAUUCAAUGAAGCCAAGUUCCUAACAUUCAGUAUGCUAGUAUUUUGCAGUGUCUGGGUCACCUUUCUUCCUGUCUAUCAUAGCACCAAGGGCAAGUCUAUGGUGGCUGUGGAAGUUUUCUGUAUAUUGGCCUCUAGUGCAGGGCUGCUUUUUUGCAUCUUUGCACCAAAGUGCUUCAUUAUUUUGUUAAGACCUGAGAAAAAAUCUUUUCAGAAGUUUCAGAAUAUACAUUCUAAAAUUUAA